AAUUAUGCAGUGUUGAAGUACUUUACGAGAUCCUCCUCUCAACAGAAAAAGGACAAAGUAUCCAUGGGAAUCUUAGCACGUUAGGGAGGCCUUUUUCCCUUCCUCUCAUCCGCUCUCCCCCGCUGCACCCAUGGACCAAUGCAAUUGUUUAUUUUCUCCUAUUGAGGCGGCUCCAUUCACUGGCUCUCGCAUUUACUCUGCUCAAUUGGAGUGAGACAGCACUUAUUCCAGGGGAGGAAUGUAGCGUUCCACUGACGGAGCAGCAAGAAUGCAGAAGAAAUAAUUCAAGCUUUUUAAAGGAAAAAAGGUACAGCUGAGCAUGAUGGAGAAUGACGUCAUACCGAACAAUGCAGGAUGGACGGGAUUUUUUAGACAUGAUGGGUAUGGCCACAAAUCACCUUGGCAGUACAAAGCAAAAGGAGUGUUUGAAUAACGCACAAUGCUAUAAAAUGGAGCAGGGAUCCUUUAAGGAGGUCAUUAAUUCGCUGUGCUUUCUUAACUGAAACUCUCCUGCAGAACAAUGAAGCAUUCUCCGGGCUGUUGUAAGAUGUGGCCUGUCCUCCAACCUCUCUGCUACAGCACAAUAGCUGCGAGCCGGACCGAGGAGUUCAUUUCUCCUGAAUCUAUUCUGUCUUUAAAAGGCAGUCAUAAUGACGGUUUCCUUUCUGAGACAAUGAGGGCCUGCUCUGUCCUGUCAAUCUCUGUUAUCUUCCAUCGGGUGAAACGUCUAGCCGUGAGCCACGAGUUGCACGUUGUAACCAGUUCCUCAAAGACAUGCUGCAGGAAAUAGUGUCGAGCAGUUUCGGGUUGCACGGGGUUGGUUUCCUUUUAGAGGGUUGUGGGUUUUUACAGCACAACCAUUCGAUUCUAAGAUAGCCCAAAGGGGCAUUAGUAUGCCUAGUAUAUUCGCAUCACUUCAGAUAAUAAAACAAUGUAUUAUUGAAGAAAAAGAAGAAACUUUAGGAAAUGCAACAGAAGAGGGAUCCCUCUUCAUGCAAUACAUGCAUUGUGUAAUAAUAGAUAAAAAUACCAAUAGCAUAAUAGUGAAAUUAGGGUAUGUGAUAUUGGCUUGCAUCAGUUAUCAGUUAGAUAAAUAAUCCCAGAAUCACUGUGCCCAACAUAAAGUGAUAUGAUAUCCAGAUAUUGGCAACAAUCACACUUUAUCAGUGAGACUCUAAACUAAACUAAAACCGCUGAGACUGGCCUCUACAAGCAAUCUGUAAUACAGUAGAUGAAGUUGAAAUCAAGAAAGACUGGCAAAAGUGACUAAAAAGGACUGAGCAGAUUAAAUCCAGUCUGUUUCAAUAAAGACUGUUUGGCUGUUUGUCAGCUCUCAUGAGGUCAAUGACAGGUGAAUGUUGUUGAAAAAGAAUUUUGACAUGGACUCUGGUUGAGAUCUUCAAGUUGAAAGCAAUUAUUGCUACGUGUAAUCUCGUAUCAAGGGUUCCGACAUGUUUGUUGAGAUAUGUGCUGUUUUCCUGUGUAUGUUUUAAUUGUGAGCUGCUAAAUGGACAGCAGAUAAAAUGGAAAAAUAUCAAAUAAUAAGAAUAAUAUUUAAUAUGUAAUAUUGUAAGCGGUCUCUUGGACAUAAAUUAUAUUUUAUCGGUAUCCUCCUUGUCAUAAUUAGGUCCAAAGUGAUCUAUAGAGGCCACUAUCUAAACAAAUACUGCCGCUUUACAUUUAAACAAACAAAACUAAACGUGGUACAAAAUAAAGGAGCUAUAAGAAUUGUGAGUGAACAGAAUCUGUACAUUGAAUAAUGUACAGAAUGUGUUGAAUACAUGUAUAUAUACUAUACUCAAAAUCAUUAGUUUGGAUAGAGAUUGGAUUGGUGGAGGAAAUAUCCAGGAAUUCAUAUUUUGUAAAUUGACUUGACAAAAAUAUUAACGUUUCCUUUUGCAGUGGAUCUGUGGCAUUUGUUCCAGAAACAGUCAGUCUGCAUUCACGCAGCAGGUCGUCAUUCAUAAAACACAAGUAAAUCGUACCUGCCCCCCAGUGGUCACACAAAACCAGCAUACCACCUUGAACAAGAGGCAUAACGUGUGGCAGAUCAUUCAGGUACAUACCCAUAAGGCAGCUGUGAAAAUUGUGUUAAAGUGUUAAAGUUUAAAACAUAAACGUAUUUACAUUUGCUUUGCAUUGGCUGUUUACAGUUACCCAGGUCUCUUGGGUGCCAUAUUAAAGCACCAUGUUCCUCAUCAAGCUUCAAACUGUGACAUUUUCUCAAGCCGUUAAAAAAAGGAAGGAAGGACACGUAGAGGAAGUUAUCAUAGUCAGUCAAAGGAAUACAGAUCUGAGAAGUGAGAAGCACAGAGGCAAAUAGAAACACAUCUUUCUCUGUGGUUUUUACAGGUGGCAGCAUGACUAAUGCACUGUGCCAAGACAACAGUUUCACUCUAUAACCCGCCUGCGUUCUCUCAGGAUGGACGCCUACAAUGAUUAUCAGCCUGAUAAUUACAGUUACUAUGAGAACUAUGGGUUUUUUAACGACACAGUGUGUCCUGGCUCACACCUGCAUGGCUUCAACAUAUUUGUGUCCAUUCUGUACUUCCUAAUUUUUUUCACAGGCUUUCUGGGCAACCUCUUUGUGAUCUCGGUGGUGGGCAGAAAAGGGAGGAGCCGUGGGCGUCUGGUGGACACAUUUAUUAUCAACCUAGCCCUGGCCGACCUCGUCUUCGUCCUCACGCUUCCUCUUUGGGCCAUUUCGACCAGCCAGGGCGGCAACUGGGACUUUGGGCCAACUGGGCCCCUCCUGUGUAAACUAAGCAGUUACAUCAUAGCUGUAAACCGCUUCUCCAACAUAUUCUUUCUCACCUGCAUGAGUGUUGAUCGCUACCUGGCUGUAGUGAAGGUGUUGGACUCAAGGAACCUCAGGAACAGACGGUGCAUCCACACCACUUGUGCCGCUGUGUGGUUUGGCUCCCUGGUCCUUGGCAUCCCAUCCCUGGUGUACCGCACAGUUGAGCAGGUCGGCGAUGGACUUGCAUGCAUAGAGAAUGGCAGCUCACCCCUUUUUCUCGGCCUGAGCCUCACCACGAUGUUACUCACCUUUUUCCUCCCGGUGCUGAUCCUCAUGCUCUGUUACGGGACCAUUGCUGUGCAUCUCAAUCGCCACUGUGCAGCAAAUGCAGCAAAUCCCAGAGCUAAAGCGCGCCGCAGACACUCCCUCAAGAUGGUCCUCUGCAUCGUAGUGGCCUUUGUGGUCUCCUGGCUCCCCUUCAACGUCUUCAAGGUCGUCAUCAUUGGCUCGGAGCUCGCAAACGUUAACCUGAGUUGUGAUGCUAAGUCGUGGCACAGAAACGGGCUCCUCGUCUCGAGCUGCCUGGCGUUCGUCAACAGCUGUGUGAAUCCAGUCAUUUACUUCUUCCUCGAUCAUCACUUCAGGAGAAAGGCCGAGAUCCUGUUCAAAGCCUUCACAGGGAGGCCAAAGUUACUGCAGAACUACAAUUCUUCAGCCUCAUUCACCGACGCUGGGACUUCAGAUAGCUAUGCAACAACAGAGAGAAGAAGUCAGCUGCAGAUGUGUGAGUAAGAGGAGAAUAUUUGGAAAGUUAUUCUACUAUUAUUAAGAAGUAAUGUGAAAAAUGGUCAUGCUCUUCUUGAUAACAGGGCACAAUGUUUUUCUCAAAGCAUGGUUAAAUAUGUUAAUGUUAAUAAGUUUACCCACAUAGUGAACAAUUUGUUUCAGUUAGUAUGAUAAUGUAAUUUACUUCGUCAAAUAUGUAUUUUCAAAUGUUCUACAUUCAAUAAACAUGUUGUUCAUAGGGUUAAAGAUUAUAAUAUAGUCCAAUAGUGUUAAUAGAGUAUCCAGUUUUUUUUAUUUUGUUUGUUUGAAGGAAGCCCCUAAAAAAACUGCUGCAUUAAUCGUGUGCACUUGUGUCAAUCUAGAGGUGUAAAUAUGAUUUAAAACAGAAUUAUUGCCUUUUUUAUUUUUUAUUAUUUUAAGAUAGAACGAGUGGGGAGAGAGAGAAAAGAGAGAGCGAGGAUUUGAUUGUAUUAUUGUAAAAUGUUUGGUCCUAGGCUUUUAUUGAAGACACACAUAUAUGAUGCUGUGAUAAACUUGCAAAAAUAAAACUGAUUUAUAAAUAAAACUGUUUUUGUGACUUAAAACGAACUCUUGAAUCAAACAGAUGUUUGCAAAGAAAUCUUAAUUAA